AUUUAUAAUUCAUUUUUCUAUUAGGCUCAACAAAGUCUCCAAGAAUCUAGCCGUAAGUUAGAUUUAUUGAGAAAAUCACUCGAAUUGCGGAGAUCCGAACUUCCACCUGAUUCACCGGCUGCUAAUCAACUCAAAAAUGAAUUGCAGCAAGCGCAGGCUUCAAGUCCAGGACCUGUCACAUAUACACCACUUAGACCGCUUACAGGUGGUAUCACGACGAAUAGAAUACAAAGCAGUUUCAUUCACGGAGGUGUUUCCAAUAUGAAUAGAUGUGCUGCAGUAACUGGAAAAUUAGAAGUACGUUUAAUGGGUUGCCAGGAUCUCCUAGAGGAUGUGCCUGGUCGAUCUCGGCGUGACAAAGAUGCCGUUUCUUCUCCAACAAGCAGUAGCAGUGGAGGCGGUGGCGGAGGCGGUGAUCUUCGAUCUUUUGUCAAAGGAGUUACAGGAAGAGGAUCAAGCAAAUCGUAUUCCGUAAAAGAUGAAACAAGUCAAGAUAUAAUGGCCGUUAUAAAAUUGGAUAAUCAGACUGUUGGGCAAACCAGCUGGAAGCCGUGCUCCCAGCAGGCAUGGGAUCAGAGAUUUUCCAUAGAUCUGGAUAAAUCUCGUGAACUGGAAAUUAGCAUUUAUUGGCGUGAUUGGCGUUCUUUGUGCGCAGUUAAAUUCUUGCGCCUAGAGGAGUUUAUUGAUGAUAUUCGUCACGGUAUGGCUUUACAACUUGAGCCACAGGGACUGCUUUUUGCGGAGAUAAAAUUCUUGAAUCCUAUGAUAUCGCGUAAACCAAAACUUCAAAGGCAGAGAAAAAUAUUCAAGCAACAAGUGAAAAAUAUUCCACGAGCUAACCAGAUGAACAUCAAUGUAGCUACAUGGGGUAGAUUGCUGAAAAGAUCUUCCCCGUCCAUUCAAAACACAAGAAACGAUGCUGUUCCUGGUGUUCAACCAUUGGCCGAUACAUCGCUUGCAGAAGAUAAGGCUGAAACACCUGGUGAAAUUCCUGAUAUGCAAGCUGCUGGUUUAUCUGGUGCUCGUCCAUUAGGUGUCACUACACCUCAAACAGAAACUCAAUUUAUGCCUCAAAUCCAGCAGCAUCAAACUCCGCCUACGCAGCAUUUACUCCAACAAAAUCAAUCUCAACUACCAGUUACUCCCCGUGCAAAAAAACCACCAGCAGUUUUACCGCCAGCAUUGCCGCCGAGAAUGGACACUGAGUUGCAAAAAGCACUCAGAGAGUUCGACUUUUUGAAUCAGGAGUCAACGGCGACUUCUCCAAUUCAUCCGAUGAAUCAUCAGUUUGGAAAAAUGACGAUUGAAAAUAAAAUCCCUCAAGCUGUCGCCGCCGUUCCGCAUCCUCAUGAUCUGAAUGAAUAUAGACCAGAUCUUUUAAGACCAGUUAUUUCAACGCAUCCUUUAGUUGUUUCUGGUUUCCCAAUGCAGCCAGGAUCUGUACCACCUUCUCCGAUUGUUGAAGUACCACCGUCGCCACAACCUUUGGUCGAAUUCCCAGAAGAAGAGAUAAUUCAACAAUAUGAAAAUCAACAAGCUGCAAUUGGCCGUAGACCAGGACGACCUUUGGAAUAUCGUGAUAGCGCUUAUGAAUCGCGCAGACAUUCUCAAUAUGCAGGCAUGUCAAUGGAUCAAUUCCGUUUGCUGAGUGUUUUGGGAAGGGGGCACUUUGGAAAAGUUAUAUUGUCACAAUAUCGUCACACUGGAGAAUAUUUUGCGAUAAAGGCUUUAAAGAAGGGAGAUAUUAUCGCAAGAGAUGAAGUUGAAUCACUGCUAUCAGAAAAAAGAAUAUUCGAAGUCGCCAAUACGAUGAGACAUCCGUUUUUGGUUAAUCUUUUUGCUUGUUUUCAAACGGAGGCUCAUGUCUGUUUCGUUAUGGAAUACGCGGCAGGCGGCGAUCUCAUGAUGCACAUCCAUGCUGACGUCUUUUCGGAACCUCGUGCAGUUUUUUACGCAGCUUGUGUGGUUUUAGGUUUGCAGUACCUUCAUGAAAAUAGGAUUGUUUAUCGUGAUUUGAAACUAGAUAAUUUGCUUCUGGACACUGAUGGUUAUGUGAAAAUUGCCGAUUUUGGAUUAUGCAAGGAAGGAAUGGGACACGGAGAUAGAACAGGAACUUUUUGUGGAACGCCCGAAUUUUUGGCCCCUGAAGUUCUAACUGAAACUUCGUAUACAAGAGCUGUGGAUUGGUGGGGAUUGGGAGUUUUAAUAUUUGAAAUGCUUGUAGGAGAGUCACCUUUCCCGGGAGACGAUGAAGAAGAAGUUUUUGAUUCUAUAGUUAAUGAUGAAGUACGCUAUCCUAGAUUUUUAUCAUUGGAAGCAAUAGCAAUAAUGAGAAGACUGUUGAGAAAGAAUCCUGAAAGAAGAUUAGGAUCAAGUGAACGAGAUGCUGAAGAUGUGAAAAAACAAGCAUUUUUCAGAUUAAUUGUAUGGGAUGAUUUAUUACUAAGAAAGGUUAAGCCACCCUUCAUUCCUACAAUCACUUCUUUGGAAGAUGUAAGUAACUUUGACGAAGAGUUCACAUCAGAAAGACCACAACUUACACCACCUAAAGAACCAAGAAUUCUUACAGAGGAUGAACAAAAGUUAUUCCGCGAUUUCACAUAUAUGGCUGAUUGGUGUUAAAUGUAAUUGUGAAUAUUUCAUAAUGUUCUACAAGGUUUGUAUAUUAUUUG